UCAAUGCGCUACCUUAUACAUCAAUUAACACAUGCAGGCCAUCUGAUUUGUUGAUAUGGAAUUUUCUUAAUAUCUAAAUUAAAUGGAGGAGGAUAUAAUUACUACGCGCACUAAAGAGCUUUCCGCUGACGAGCUAAAUAAGCUGGAGGAGCAAAACAAACGUCUGGUGCCCGAAUUCAAGGCGAACAAAUUGGAGAUCGAUGCGCAGCGGCAUUGGGACUUAUUCUAUAAGAGAAAUGAAACACGUUUUUUUAAGGAUCGCCAUUGGACAACUCGAGAGUUCCAGGAGCUGCUGGCGGAGGAGUGUACAGGAGAGAGACGCAGGCUCUUAGAGGUGGGCUGCGGCGUUGGCAAUCUGGUCUUUCCCCUACUGGAAGAGCAGCUCAAGGAUCAGACCAGUGAGCAAAGUUUCUAUUUCUAUGCCUGCGACUUUUCACCACGUGCUGUGGACUUCGUUCGAACAAAUCCUCUGUACGAUACAAAGCAUAUAACUGCCUUUCAGUGCGACAUAACAACGCAACAGGUACACGAACACAUCGAAGCAGCUAGCCUCGAUGUCUGCACCAUGAUCUUUGUGCUCUCCGCCAUACAUCCCGACAGAUUCGUUGAUGUCGUCAAGAACCUAUGGCAAUUGCUAAGGCCUGGUGGAUUAGUGCUAUUUCGCGACUACGGUCUCUACGACAUGGCUCAGCUGCGCUUUAAGCCGGGUCAUAAGAUAAGCGAAAACUUUUAUAUGCGACAGGAUGGCACUCGCAGCUAUUACUUUGCCCAAGAAGAGCUGGCGGAGAUCUUUAGUCAGAACGGCUUCGACGUGCUAGACAACAACUAUGUGCACCGACGCACGCUCAAUCUAAAGGAGGGCAUCGAUGUGCCCCGCAUCUUUCUUCAGGCAAAAUUCCGCAAGCGCUCCGACAGCUGAUGAUUAAUGAUAAUCAUAAUGAUAAUAGCAAAGCUCAGCAAUGCUUUGC